CUGAAUUCUCUGAAAAAGUUAUUUAAUUAGGCCUGAUUUCUUUUUAAAAGAGCCAUUUUGUUUUAAUUGAAUUUUGGUGAAACACAGUAGAAUUUGCUCUUGUGCUAUUUAACUGAGACCAAUGUAUUUACUUAUGUCUUUUUCUAUGGUUGUGUCAGAUAAAUUAGGUUUGAACUGUUCUGAUCAAUUUUGGAUGGUUAAGUUCCUGAGGGAACUUAAACGAAUGGCAAUUAAGCAUGCACAGAUAGCAAAUGUAAAUUGGUGCAGCUCUCUCCAAGUCAAUGGAGCUGUGCCAGUUUAUGCUAGGUGUGACCAAAACCAAUCCUACAAAAUGCCCAAAGGAGAUCGCCAAACAGAUGGUAUCUUCAGCAGAGGAAAGCAAUAUACUUAUCUUGCAGCAGAAGAGGCUGCAGGUAUUGGAAUCCUUGUUGUGGUUCUUGCAGUUUUACUGAUCAUUGGCUGCUGGUAUUACAAAAGGCGAUGUGGCUAUAAAAGCCUUCGGAGUAAAAGCUCACAUGCUGGCACUAUGAGAAGAGUGGCAGGUGAAGAUGCCCCACUGGAUUGCAAAGCACUUUUACGGGAGUAUAGCAACUUUAAUUCUGUGGUACCUGAUGCUCCACCAGCAUAUGACAAAAUCUCUGCAGACCCAUUGCCACCACCUUAUUCGCCAUGAUGUUGAGUCAGUCUUAAACUCCAGGAAUAUAAAUUGAUUCUCUUUGUGCUUUUGCUUAAACUCAUGUGCAAACCUAGCAUUCUUUAUGGGUAAACUGUAAUAAUAAAGUACACAUUUCCAUGAAUAGUUGCUGACAGUUAUUGCCUGGUUCAAUUUACCUUUCAUCCAUAGCACCAGUUCUUGUGAUACUUAGAUGAAAUUGAACAUGUUUUGGCUUUAACUUUUCAUUCCGUUGGUCAGAUUAAUUCAACAUACAAGCAGAUCACAAAACUGGCUAUGUUAUA